GCACAGGUCACGCGGGCGAAGGGGCGGUGUGACGUCAGCGGUGGUGUUUGGGAAGCAGGCGGUAGCGCUGGAUUUAGCUAAUGGAUUUAGCUCGCUUGCUAACGCUGUAUGCUGGAAACGCACUCCAGUCCAGUUUCUAAUGGUGUUAUUUGGAUGUUGGAGUUAUUUGACUUACGGACGCAGUGUCCAGUUUGUGAGAAAUGCAGGGCGACUAUAAUUUACCCGAAAUAGGAUUUGUGCAACAAAUUCUAAGUUUGAAUUUGGUCCCAAGGAAAAAUGCUACCUGUGGGAGGAACGACACGUCCCUGUGCGACUUCUCAGAGAUGUGGUAUGGCGUUUUCCUGUGGGCUGGAGUGUCCUCGCUGGUGUUCCACCUUCCCGCAGCUUUACUGGCCCUCGCCACUCUCCGGGGACAUAAGAUAGCACGCUUCUUUCCCCUCGCCAUCAUGCUCAUGGCCAUUAUAGGUCCUCUGUUGGGAGGCGUGCUCACUAGUGCAGCCAUAGCGGGGGUCUACAUGGCAGCGGGGAAGAGGAUGAUCUCGUUGGAGGCUUUUGUGUUUGGAGUAGGACAGUCUUUCUGCGUUCUUGUCAUCUCCUUCCUCAGAGUGUUGGCCACGCUGUAGCACUGAGCCACUGAGGACAGUGAGAGCUGUGGACUUGCUUCACUUCCCCUGGAUGUUAUAUGCAAAAACACUGAGGCCUUAUUUUCCACGUGUGUCCCCACAACUCUUAUUUUCGUGCGCACAUAUAGCGCUGUUUUUCCUUAAAAGCUUUCGGGUGGACAUUCGUUCUCCGUGAUCGGCGGACAGAUGUCUACUGGACAGGCUGUUUUUAAAAUCCGAGCUGUCUUUCGUACACACGUUCUACGAAAAAGUCUUGCACAUGAGCUUACUUAUAAAGUAUGCAGUCAAACAUUACAGGGGAAAGCUACAAAUGGCUGCAAACAGAUCCUCAGAACAAUAUUGUUAGAAUCCUCUAAACAAAAUCUUACUUUCCCUGUGUUUUCAAGAGGUGUGUAUCAUCACCAUGAUCUCACGCCAUUCUGAUAACCUUCCACUUGCUUAGGUAGUGAUGCUGGUCUUUGCAGUUACACAGAUAUGAGUCUUAAUGUUAUUUAACUUCAUUCAACACAGUUAGACUAGUUUGAGUCUGUACACCCUGAAGUCCAUUCCAGCUUCCUCGUGUUCUAAUUGUCUAAACAUUUUACCUUCAGUUUACACUGAGCAAAUAAUUUUAUACGCUAAAUGAUGUAGUUUAAUGAGAAAUUUAAUGGCUAUUUCUACUUUGCAUAUAGAGUACUCCAUCACACACUCUUGCAAUUAUAUUUGCAGUAAAUGUUACACAUUUGCAUUUAAAAUCCAGCUUUAUUUAACACAUACAUUCCUACAGUCACGAAGCACUUUAUUAGGAACACAUGUACAUCUAAUCAUUUAUGCAAUUAUCUAAUCAACCAAUCAUGUGGCAGCAGUGCAAUGUAUAAAAUCAUGCAGAUACGGGCCAGCAUCUUGGGGUAAUGUUCAAAUAAACUAUCAGAAUGGGGAAGAAAUGUAAGAAAUGUAAACUGCUGAUCUCCUGGGAUUUUUUUUUUACACACAGCAAUCUCUUGAGUUUGCACAGAAUGGUGUGAAAAACAAACAAAACACAAUCCUAUCAGCAGAGGGUCUACUCCUUGUUGAAGAGCGAGAUCAGAGGUGUCUGAGCUGACAGGAAAGUUGAACUGGAAAGUUCAACCCAAACUGGAAAGAAAAAAAAAAAAUCACCUGGUCUUCAGCUUUCCAGUUUCAGUGAGUCUGUGCCCAUGAUAGCCUCAGAUUCUUGUUCUCGCCUGACAGGAGUGGAACCCGAUGUGGUCUUCUGCUGCUGUAGCUCAUCCACCGCAAGGCCUGAUGUGCGUUCUGAGAUGCUUUUCUGGUCACUGCAGUUUAAAGAGUGCUUAUUUGAGUUACUAUAGACUUCAUGUCAGCUCAAACCAGUCUGGUCAUUCUCCUCUGAUCUUUCUAAUAAACAAGGAGUUGUAACAAGGAGACUGUUGGGUGUGAAAAUCCCAGGAGAUCAGCAGUGUCUGAAAUACUCAAACCAGCCCAUCUGGCACCAACAUCCGUGUCACGGUUACAAUCACAGAGAUCACACUUUUUCUUCAUUCUGAUAUUUGAUGUCAACAUUAACUGAAGGUCUUGACCCGUAUCUGCAUGAUUUUAUGCAUUGUGCUGCUGCCACAUGAUCAGCUGGUUAGAUAACUGCAUGAAUGUACUGGUGUUCCUACUAAAGUGGACCGUGAGUCUACGUUGUUCCAUUGGUAUUAUUCUCAUAUUCCAUAUGAGACAACCUAAAUUUUUUGUCUGCUAUGUGAACGUGUAUAUUCCCAUUUUUUUGGCUUUCCACCAAAGAGAUUUUAAUGCUAAAAUAAAUGUAUUGUGUAAUUUACCUACUGUGACCUUUUGAUCUUGUCCUGAAAAGGCUUUAUGCAAUUAAAUGACUCCAAACUGACUCCUAACAAGCGCGACAUGAAGUUAAACUAAUUUAACUUGCUGCCAUUAGAAAUAAAAGGCUUCUUCGUAUAGGUAGAUGCAAACACUGCUUUUGAUCCGGCAAAGUCAGGUCUUGUGCUACUAAUCCUUCAGCAACGAUGACUGGAGGCAGUAAAGCAGAUGGAGUAUUGCUGAAUAGAUCGCUCAGUCGUGUGUAAUCGCAGCACUCAGAAUAAGUUGUGUUGUAGCAGUUUGUCUCAGGUAAUCUGUCAGAGUAAGGCAUUUAUUUCAAGGUACAUUUCUUGAAAACCACUAACGUGGAAAACACAAAUGAUGACCCGUUAGCAUGAUCUGAUUUGCAUAAUGCAGACUGGUCCUCAAUAGUUUUUAUCCUUUAUUCCUUUGUUUCCCACAACAGACUACAUUGUGUUCUCUAGUUGUACAAGGCCUAUGUUUCUUUUUUUCCUUCAAACCUUGGUAACGGUGUCGACUGUGAAAGAAGCCCUCAAACUUUAAAGCUGUGCUGCAGCUGGAAUGUUUGGCAGCUUGGAAGCUGUGGUUCAGAUUGGAAGCUUUCCUUAUUCUGGGUUUAUGAUCUUUACAAUUUCACAUAUGGUUAUAUUUUUCUAAAGUCCAUCUAUCCUCCUUAUUCAACAUAUUCGACUCAUCAGUGUUUUCCUCAUCUGUCUUUGUUUUUUAUUGAAAAACAGAUUAGUUAUUUAAUGUAUAAUAUGGGUCUAUGGUGUCAGUUUUCAAAUUGUAUAUUAAGUGCCGAUUGUCAAUAUUUUCAUGUAAUAAAAGAGUUUAGAUUCUA